GGGGAGGUGUUCGCCCGGUCGGAUCAGUACCGCCAGGUCUCCAGCCCCAGGACUGACCCUUACUCGGCGGCUCAGCUGCACAACCAGUACGGCCCCAUGAAUAUGAAUAUGGGCAUGAACAUGGCAGCCCACCACCACCACCACCACCCAGGUGCCUUUUUCCGCUACAUGCGGCAGCAGUGCAUCAAGCAAGAGCUCAUCUGCAAGUGGAUCGACCCCGAGCAGCUGAACAACCCCAAAAAAAGUUGCAAUAAAACUUUCAGCACCAUGCACGAGUUGGUCACCCACGUCUCGGUGGAGCACGUUGGGGGACCCGAGCAGAGCAACCAUGUCUGCUACUGGGAGGAGUGUCCCCGGGAAGGCAAGCCCUUCAAAGCGAAAUACAAACUGGUCAAUCAUAUCCGAGUGCACACGGGAGAGAAACCCUUCCCCUGCCCCUUCCCCGGCUGCGGAAAAGUUUUCGCCAGAUCAGAAAACCUCAAAAUUCACAAAAGGACGCACACAG